GACAACACACAUACACACACACACACACGGAGAGACACAGUGAAAACAGACGGGAUGAAGCACGGGCGCGCGGACUGUUUGCUCCGGUAAACAAGCGGAGCAGGAGCCUGGAAAUCACCGGCGGAAAGCGGAGGGGGGGAUUUCGGGGACACAGCCAUGGCGACGGGAGGAGGAGGAGGAGUGAGGCGGAGGAGGAAAGCGGGGCUCCCGGGAUUCUGCUGGAAAACCUGCUACUUUCCUAUUUUGUUCUGGGUCGUUUCCGUCUGCGGGGAGGAGAAGACGCUGAUUGUGGAGACGUGGCUGGAGAACUACGGCUACCUGCUGCCUCAUGACGUCCGCACGUCAGACCUACGAGAGGAGAACGCCAUGCAGUCCGCCGUGGCUGCCAUGCAGCGCUUCUACGGUAUCCCUGUGACGGGAGUACUGGACAAGACGACUAUAGAGUGGAUGAAGAGACCUCGCUGUGGCGUCCCAGAUCGUUCUCACAUCUUCUACCGGCCGAGGAAUAAACGCUACGCCCUGACGGGACAAAGAUGGAGAGAUAAAAAGAUCUCCUACAGCAUAUCUAACUUCACCCCUAAAGUGGGAGAGAAGGACACCCAGAGAGCGAUCCGACAAGCCUUCAACGUGUGGCAGGCGGUCACUCCGCUCUCCUUCCAGGAGGUGCCGUACUCAGAGAUCAAGAACGAGGGUAAGGAGGCUGACAUCAUGAUCUUCUUCGCCUCGGGUUUCCAUGGUGACAGCUCUCCUUUUGACGGAGAGGGGGGUUUCCUGGCCCACGCCUACUUCCCCGGCGCCGGCAUCGGAGGAGACACACACUUUGACUCUGACGAGCCCUGGACACUGGGCAACGCCAACCACGAUGGUAAUGAUUUGUUCCUGGUGGCGGUCCACGAGUUGGGUCACGCGUUGGGUUUGGAGCACUCCAACGAUCCCAGUGCCAUCAUGGCUCCUUUCUACCAGUACAUGGACACGCACAACUUCAAACUGCCUCUGGACGACCUGCAGGGCAUCCAGAAAAUCUACGGCAUCCCCACUGCCAUGCUGGAGCCCACUCGGCCGUUACCCACCUUACCUUCUCGACGGACACACUCCACCUCCGAACGCAAGCAUGACCGUCACUCCCGUCCGGCGCGCCCACCCGGCGACCGGCCCGCACUGCCUGGAAACGGCAAACCCAACAUCUGUGACGGCAACUUCAACACCGUGGCCUUCUUCAGACGGGAGAUGUUUGUCUUCAAGGACCGGUGGUUUUGGCGUCUGAGGAACAACAAGGUGCAGGAGGGUUAUCCCAUGCAGAUCGAUCAGUUCUGGAAGGGCCUGCCACCUCGCAUCGAUGCUGCCUACGAGAGAUCUGACGGCAAAUUUGUCUUCUUCAAAGGAGAUAAGUACUGGGUGUUUAAGGAGGUGACGGCUGAGCCUGGUUACCCUCACAGCCUGGUGGAGCUGGACAGCUCCCUCCCGAAAGAUGGCAUCGACACGGCGCUGCGCUGGGAGCCGGUUGGGAAAACCUACUUCUUCAAAGGGGACAAGUACUGGCGCUACAAUGAGGAGAAGCGCACAGUGGACCCAGGGUACCCCAAAACCAUCACUGUGUGGAAGGGAAUACCGGACGCACCGCAGGGAGCCUUCAUCAGCAGGGAGGGAUACUACACGUACUUCUACAAGGGGAAGGAGUACUGGAAGUUCGACAACCAGAAACUGACGGUGGAACCCGGCUACCCCAAGUCCAUUUUACGUGACUGGAUGGGCUGCGACCAGUCUGACAUGGAGCACUCCGGCAGCAAGGGUAACCGCGGAGACCGACAGCUGCCCCUUGAUGACGUGGACAUCAUGGCGACUAUAAACGAUGUCCCGACGACGGUCAACGCCAUCGCCGUGGUGAUCCCUUGCAUUCUGUCGCUGUGCAUCCUGGUGCUGGUGUACACGAUAUUUCAGUUUAAAAACAAAGGCGUGCAGCAGAACACCAUGACGCAGCACUACUACAAAUACCCAGUUCAGGAGUGGGUAUAACAGACUUUCCUUCAAAGAGGUCAAAGUUCAUGGAUUGAAGGGGGUCAAGCAGUCGUCAUACUGUUAGCUAGCUUCCGUUGGCUAAUAGCCAAGAACGCUAGUAAAAAAAACUAUGGAAUGUCAAUGCUGAAAGACGCUAAUUGUGCUAGCUAUUGAUAAAAGGGCGGACACUGAAGAUGCUCUGCGGGAGUAGAUUUGGACGCAGAAGUGUGUGUAUGCAAGUGUGUGUGAGAGCAAGAUUUGUGCCUGUCUUGUGACACAAGCACGUCAGUGUAAAACAGGUAUACUGAUACUGAUUUGGGCUUUGUGCAAGACAUGUGCAAAACAGACUGAGGACAGCGAGAACAAGUCCGCAAAGACUCCAGGAGGAUCUGAUUGGCUACGGACAGAUAACACUCCUGAUUUGCCCAAAACCUCCAUGGCUAAUACUGCGAUACUGAACUUUAACUAUUUCUUCUGGGACCUACAACACAACUCUCCUUCUCAGUGAAAAUAAAAAGAAAGAGGAUCUGGAGCAGAAAGAAGAUGCUCCAUAAAGCCAGACACCACCUCCAAGUUUGUUCUAACAACAACUUGUACACGUGAACUACUUCAACUAUCAAGUCAGAUGAAAUUUAAUGAAAAAAAAAAAGAAAAGAAAUUGUUUCAAAAUAUCAAACAUGAAGAUAAAAUGUAGGUAUAAAGGCCAUAACAAAAAGAAAACCAAGGAUCUUUUUGUGGAUCUCUGAAUUUUAUUUAUUUAUAGUCGUAUGAGCUGAAAAACUGUCAAAGAGGACCUUUUUCUCUCUUUUUUCACCACACACACACCACACCACAAGACACAUCUUCAUCACCAUUACAACUUAAAACACCCCUGCUUUGGUUUACACAGCUCGGACUGAUUGGUUUUAGCAGGUGUAGAAUAGCUGGUCAUCAGCGUAUAGUGAUAGAAUGACAUUUCAGCAGCCUUAUCUCUGUCUCAACAGGCCGAACACAUUUGCUUAUAUUUACCAAACUGCGAACAACCAGGGCUCGUGUGUAUCAAACUUACUCAGAGUGAAACUUCAUUAUAGUAUUUAGGGAUGUACGAUAUUGGAUUGAACAACUCAUUUGACCAAUAACUGAUACCGAUAUCGAUAUAUAUACACUUUUUUCUCUACCUAAUUUUAGUGAUCAUCAAGUCUCUUCUGUCUUCUGUGGAUUUAACAUAUUUUGCAUACAUACUCUUAUUGUGAGGCCCCACCAACUAUGAAAUACAAUACUUUUCAGUGCAUGUAAUAUUCAUUUAUUGUGCAAAUUAAGAAAAGCAUGUUUGACGAUUCUUAUUUUAAAGCCGAUAUUGGCUGAUUCUGAUUACAUUUUGAUAUUAUCACACAUCCCUAAUAAUAAUAAGAAGAAGACGAAGAAGAAUUUUUUAAUAUAGCUCUUUUCAAGCUUAAGCAUAAGAGCCUUCCAGAUUGAGAGAUUUACAGAAUAAAAAUUAAAAAAAUCAGAAACCCUUUAGUGAAAGGUAAAAGUAAAAAACUGAAUUGAACGUUUACUCAAAAUCACAAACUACAAAAUAAAAGCUGCAGAUUUUUUUGGUGAUCAUGCAAAAUAUCACUGGUUAUGAUGAGUUAUACAUUUGCUAAUAAAGUAAAAUUAAUUGUAGCCCACUUUUCUUAUUUUAUCUGAAUGCUGAUUGGAUAUUUCUAAAUAUAGCAGUGCUACAAACAACAACAAAAUUUUUUAUUCAUUUUGUGUUUAAUCAUGUUCCAGUUCUUGGACACACCUUUUCUACCAGCAGCAGAAUUCUUGCAGAAAAAAAUUAUUUAAAUUUCAGGCCAAUUUCCUUUUAAUUCAAUUCUGUUUAUAUAUUAUAUCAGCCUGUUCUCACUCAACACAUCAAAUACUGCUGUUUUGUCAGUGAUGUUGGCGGUAUGAUACGCACCAGGCAACUAUCGUAGUAUGAAGAGCAAGAAACUCCAGACUUUUGCCUGGUAGCCCACUGUUCGUUUCCCUGUGAAACAAAAGUCAGCCGAGUUAUCUGAAUUUGUUUUUCAACAAUGUUUUGUGCUAGCAUGUGUAGCAUGCUAUGCUAAUGACACUUGUAAAAACUAGGGCUGCCCCUUAAUAGUCAACCAGAGAGGUCAAUAGUCAAAAAGAUUUCAUUGGUCGCUUGGUCAAAAAAAAAAAAAAAGUGAAACUCUGUAAGGAGCUGGGCCUUGUCAAAAUAAAUCCAAACCUAUAUGACUGGAGCAUGUGGGAAUUUAAUUUGAAAGGACAGACACAGGAAGUGUCCACGCUCAGUGGUCAGACAGGAGUCAGGUUAAAACUUCCUUGAAGCCAAACCAUGAUGUUUUUUUCCAAACUUAACCACGGAGUUCUGUUGCCUAAACUCAAGGAAGUAAACUUAACAUACAAAGUGUUUUACCUACGUUGUAGUUUUACUUUGAAAAAUACUAUGCAUGUAACAAACAGAAACUGAACAUUUCCUGUGAAAACUGAAGUUUAUUUUGAAAAGCCGGAAUGCAUGUAAGGAGCAUUAAGUAACACGCCAUCCCACAACAUCCAGAGCAGACGCUGGAGGGUACAUAGCAUGUCAUAUUUAGGCGUGUAGGUCCACUGACAGAGCGCUGGUAUUUAACGAGUUGUGAUGAGAACUUGUUGACUAUAUAUUUAUGAAACUCAUAUUAAUUUCACAUUAACUGCUGCUUGAGGUAUCAAGAUGUCCACACAAAAAGAAUGAGGCUUUUGAACACAUUAAAUUAUGUUUUUGAUUUUUUUUUUCUUUAAGAAUAAACACUAUGACAGAUGUCGGCUUGUCCUGCUCUGCAGAUGCACGAUUUGUGAUUAAUGAGUUCAGACUUAAAUGUUACACUUUGCUCUAAGUAGGAGUAAGUGUCCUGAUAAAUGUGCCUGAACGCUCACACUCAGCAAAGAACUUUUUUAAUCCUGGAUUGGGUCUUAAGUGUAGUUCUUAGAACUUUGAUAAAUACGAGCCCUGAGCUGAACUAGUUAGUUUGUUAGUCCGUUCUUAUCCUCAUCUUUGUAUUUCUCUCUUUCCACACUCGAGCGCAGCCAGAGGCUCCUCAAGAUGCUCAAAAGGGAGGAAAUAUAAAGAGAAAUUAAAAGGACAGGGAGGGUUUGAAUACAGGAAGGCAGGGGGGGGGGGGGGGGGGGACAGAGGAUAUAUGUGGGUCUGUAUUAGUAUGCUGUCUGCGCCGCCGUGACAUCGACCGAGCUUAAUGAAGUACUUCUGUUCACAAAGCUCUAAUAGGGGCUACUCGCCCUCCAUAUCCCUCGCUUUAAUCCGACUGUCCUCCCUCUGUCUUUUCUCACUGUCCUCUUGUAAUUCUUCCCGUCCAUCUGGCCUCUCCUCUCUCAGUCUGUUCCUCCUCUCCCUCUAUUUAUAAUCUUUCCUUCUUUUACCGUCUCUUUCCGUCAGCGCUGCUCUCCCUCUCAUCUUUCUUUACGUCUUUCGAUGUUCAGCAUCUCAGUUUUUUUCUUCUAUCAAUGCACCAUCUGCUUUCAUUAUGAUUUAAUAAGUGCUUUUAUUGGUGGUUUGAACUAAGGAGCUUGUAAUUCAUCUCCAGUUUUGUCAAAAAAGUGCCAAAAUUCCGAGUUGUCUUUGGCUCUAAUUGCUUGACUUCUGCUUGUCGACACAUUUUAAACACACUUUGUGUUGCUUUGUGUGUGCUGAGGAGUAUCAGAUGUGCUGCGACGUGUUUCAAGUCUCAACUCAAGUUUCAAUUUACAACGACCUGUAAAAGGGAACAGUUGAAAAAUACAUUAGAUAAGAUCAUCUAAAGCCCCGUUUCCUCCGAGCAGUACAGAACAGUUCAGUUCGGUAUGCUUUUUUUUCUGUUUCCACUGUGAAAAGUUGUGGAUGGUACCGACAGAACCAUUCCUUACCGUCCCCAUUUUUGGUCCUCCCUCUGUUGGGGUACCUAGCACACAGAUCUGGUUCGGAAUGGUGCUAGAAACCCUGCAGUCUGAUUGGUCAAUCGCAGACGGUCACUCUGCGGAGCUUAAUUUUGACUUGAAUGGCUGAGGUGUCAGGUUUGGUCACUUUUCCCGUCUUUGAUGGAAACGAUCAAACACUCUUUACAGAAAAAAAAUGCAUUUUCUGUUCUCAUCACAUUGGGCCUUUUUAAAAAAAAACAUGAACUCACUGCAGUUUACCAACCCAGUCGCCAGGAAAAAUGUUGGCUUUGUGCGUUUCUGCAAACCCCUGACACAUUAGGUUUACAUUUGCACAAUGGUGGGUAGAGUACUGAAAAUCUGUACUCAAGUAAAAGUACAAUCACUCCCAUGAAAAAUGACUCAAAUGAAAGUUAAAAAAAAAAAAGGUGCCUGGUCAGGGCGACCUUGAGGUCACGGCCCAGGUUCAAUUCCGACCUGUGGCCCUUUGCUGCGUGUCAUCCCCUGUUUCUCUCCCACCUUCCCUGUCCAUCCUUAGCUGUACUAUCAGUUAAAGACAAAAAGCCCAUAAAAUAAUUUUAGAAAAGUACCUGGUUAAUAAAUUACUCAAAGCACAUGUUACUUUCCAUUUUGGUAUUUUUUGGGUGUGCAGGCCGAUGGAAAAUGUUAUGUUUUAACCAAAACACACAGGUGGGAGGCAAUGAUUUCUACUGCUAUUAUGAAAGUUAAACGUUGAACUCUGCAUUAUCAGGUUAACUGCUUUCUAAAGCACACCAAUUUAAAAGCCCAACAGACCACCAGCUACAAGAUAAGUUAAUGUCAUUAUCAUAACAUUAAAGAUGAACGUUAUGCAUGACAAAUUAACAUAGCUAACGCUAGGUAGCUGACUAUAUUUUCACUUACAGUUUGUGCAGCUUACUUCACUGUGAUUGCAAAUCAGAAGAGUUUUUAAGAGCGAAGGUCUCAGUGUUUUCUGGGAGCCACAGCAGCACUUUUUUAGACUGUGGUAUAAAGAGCGUGGCCAGAUGUGGUCAGGGAUUGUCUCUGAGAGCUGCCUCUUGCUCUGGGUUUUGCUCCGUCAUCAUCGCAUCGUGGUUAAAAUACAGCUGGUGCUUCUCUUUCUUCCAGACAGCUGGCAACUCAGCAUCUGCAGUAGAGCUUCUCCUCCACUCCCCUACACUUGAUCCCCAAAUCAGACUCGUCUUUAAGAAGGUAUAAAGUGGUAAAGUAACAAGUAGAUUAGGGGCUAAAAAUUUGCUAGAGUAAGGAAAAGAAAUACAGUUUUUAAAAAAGGUACAUAAAAAUUAUUUGUUCCUUUAAAAAAAAAAAAAAAAAUUUUUACUUGUGUAUUACUUGUAAUGUGUUACUACUUACCUCUGUAUUUGCACAUUUUUAUAUGGCACAUUUAUUAAAACUUUGUUUCACUGUGGUUAAUGUUUGGUUAUGUUUAGGCACAAAAACCACCAUGGUUAGGGAAAGACCACAUUUUGGCUUAAAAUACUAAAUUUGGUGGUACAAACAUCUAGCCUGCUGAAACCAUCCUGAUCUCACAAGCUCAUAUUCUAUUUCGCUCAGCAGAUCAGUCUGGCCAUGCAAUCAUUAAGGCGCAUU